ACCCUAAAUUUGGGGAAGAGAGAGAGUGAGACAAAGGAAAUGAGCCGCAUAUUCCGGAACAGUUUUCCGGCAAAAUCGCUGGCUCCUCCGGCAAAAUCUAUGGCUACUCCGUUUCAGCGUCAACUUCGUCUCUACCAUCAACCAACUUCUCUCUACAAGGUGGUGAAAUCCGUUUUUGAACAAGGUCUCUACUGGGCGACGAAGAAGAAAACCGAAGUGAGUGACAGAUGUGGAAAAAAUCUUCUCGACUUUAUGGACUGGUCAGAAAACAAGAAACUGAAAAUCUUGGCGUGGGGAGGAGGAAAGCCGCCACCGCCGGUGGAAAUCGCGGUGACGUAUACGUCGCUGGAUUCAGCGAGCCGUCACUUUGCUAGAGCCUAUCUCCUGUGGGCAUUGUUUGUCACAGCUACAGUUGGCAAGUUUGUGUGGGACAUUCACAACAAUCUCCAAACAUCUGCUGAGUUGGAAGCAGCCUACCUCCGAAGCUACGAGAACCGAUCAUCCAUCGCUUCCCUAAAGGAGGAAAUGGAUUCUCUCAAGAAGAAGAUGGCGCAGCAGGAGGCAGUAGCUCCAAUCGUCAGGCUUGACGAAGUUGUUGCGGUCACCACAGACGAGGAAGAUGAAGACGCCGUCCUUAAUCUGAAAUCGAAGCUGUAUCGGUUCGAUAAAAAUGGGAAACAAUGGAAGGAGAGAGGAGCUGGAACUGUUAAGCUGUUGAAGCAUAAGCAAACCGGCAAGGUUCGACUUGUCAUGAGACAAUCUAAAACCCUAAAGAUCUGCGCCAAUCACCUCAUUUCGUCUGGGAUGACUGUUCAGGAACAUGGUGGGAAUGAAAAGUCGUGUUUAUGGCAGGCUAAUGAUCUUUCCGAUGGCGAGUUGAAGAAUGAGCUUUUCUGCAUUAGAUUUGCGUCUAUUGAGAAUUGCAAAACGUUUAUGGAGAAGUUCACUGAGAUAGCUGAAAGCCAGCAAGUAGGGAAAGAGAGCAAAGAAGGAGAUGAAGCUGCUGGUUUAGUUGAGAACCUUUCGGUUGAGGAUAAGAAAAGCAAAGAGGGAGAUGAGGCUGCUGGUUUAGUUGAGAAUAUUUCGGUUGAAGAUAAGAAAAGCAAAGAGGGAGAUGAGGCUGCUGGUUUGGUUGAGAAUCUUUCGGUUGAGGAUAAGAAAAGCAAAGAGGGAGAUGAGGCUGCUGGUUUGGCUGAGAAUCUUUCGGUUGAGGAUAAGAAAAGCAAAGAGAAAGCCAAGGAAGAAAAAGAAGGAGAAAGCCCGGCAAAGGAAGAAGAAGAGAAGAAAACAAACCCAAGACUUGUCAGUAUCACGGAAGGUGGCGACAUAGUCAUUACGAUGACGGAGGGUCCAUUUGAUUUGAAAGAAUUCCUCGACGCCCUCGGGGAACUCCUUAAAGAAGAAGAUUAAAUGAGAGACAGUCUGAUCAAGGAAGUGCUGUCUCGUUGUUUUGCAAUGCUGUUUAGUUUGUGAGAUUAACUCGUAUUUGUCAGACUAGUUUGAUUCAU